UUUUCCGGGCGGCCCGGCGGCUGCGUACUGGCUGUGAGAUGGGAAGUGAAGCCCCAGCGAGCGGCGGCGGCGGGGCUGUGAGUAGCAGCCCGGGGGAGGCGGCAGCCGCGGCGGCGAGUCGGUGAGCAGCUGGAAGAGCGCGGAGCCGGGCGGAGCACCUGCAGGCACGGGAGGCGACCCCCCACUAUGGCGAUUCGCAAGAAGAGCAGCAAGAGCCCCCCGAUCCUGAGCCAUGAGUUCGUCCUGCAGAAUCACGCGGACAUCGUCUCCUGUGUGGCGAUGGUCUUCCUGCUGGGGCUCAUGUUCGAGAUAACAGCAAAAGCAUCUAUCAUUUUUGUUACUCUUCAGUAUAAUGUUACUCUCCCUGCAACAGAGGAACAAGCUACUGAAUCAGCAUCCCUUUAUUACUAUGGUAUCAAAGAUUUGGCUACAGUUUUCUUCUACAUGCUAGUGGCGAUAAUUAUUCAUGCCAUAAUUCAAGAAUAUGUGUUGGAUAAAAUUAACAGACGAAUGCACUUCUCCAAAACGAAGCACAGCAAGUUCAACGAAUCUGGUCAGCUUAGUGCAUUCUACCUUUUUGCUUGUGUUUGGGGCACAUUCAUUUUAAUCUCUGAAAACUACAUCUCAGAUCCAACUAUUUUGUGGCGGGCUUAUCCUCAUAGCUUGAUGACAUUUCAAAUGAAGUUUUUCUACAUCUCCCAGUUGGCUUACUGGCUGCAUGCUUUCCCCGAACUCUACUUCCAGAAAACCAAAAAAGAAGAUAUUCCUCGUCAGCUUGUCUACAUUGGCCUUUACCUCUUUCACAUUGCUGGAGCUUAUCUUUUGAACUUGAAUCACCUAGGACUUGUUCUUCUGGUGCUGCAUUAUUUUGUUGAAUUUCUUUUCCACAUUUCCCGCCUGUUUUAUUUCAGUGAUGAAAAGUAUCAGAAAGGAUUUUCCCUCUGGGCAGUUCUUUUUGUUUUGGGAAGACUUCUGACCUUAAUUCUUUCAGUACUCACUGUUGGGUUUGGCCUUGCAAGAGCAGAGAAUCAGAAGCUGGAUUUCAGUACUGGAAACUUCAAUGUACUGGCUGUCAGAAUUGCUGUUUUGGCAUCCAUUUGUAUUACUCAAGCGUUCAUGAUGUGGAAGUUCAUUAACUUUCAGCUUCGGAGGUGGAGGGAGCACUCGACUUUCCAGGCACCACCUGUGAAGAAGAAACCAAUAGUAACCAAAGGCAGGUCUUCCAGAAAAGGAACAGAAAAUGGUGUAAAUGGAACAGUAACAUCAAAUGGAGCAGAUUCUCCUCGUAAUAGAAAAGAGAAAUCUUCAUAAUGAAUUACAAGUUAACUGAUUGAUGUCCCCAAAGAAAUCUGCUUUUUAUCUAUCAGCACUAGAGAUUUUUUUUUCUGUUCUUCAAAAUACAGUUUGUGCUCUUUGAUUCUUGCUAUUGUACUGUUCAUGCAUUUAAAGGGCAUUUUAGGGGAGCAUGAUUACUAUGAGUGGAAAAACUAUUGUAGCUUAGACUAAGCUACCUGCCUUCAGAAUAGUUUAGGGACCACCACAUAUUUUAUUUUUGUUUUUUUAUCUUUGAACAUUUUUCUAAUGUCUUGGGGAGACACCUCUUUGCAAAACCCCACAUACAAGUGAUAAAAUCUCUUGCUCUCACCAAUUGUUUUUUUCUUUUUUUUUUUUUUUAAUAUUAGCAAGGUGACCUGCUUCAGCAGGGUCAGGUUUUUUUUUUUAAGUUAUCUUUCAGGGUAAAAUGAAAAUAACUAUAAAAUCAGAUGUCAAACUUUAAUAUGUUUUCAGUGUUCUCUAAUUUUUAGGAAUUUUUGUAGCCUUUGCACCUGGAAAAGAGGAUUUAUAAAAUCACCAAAAUAAUUGUGUGCUUUAUUUUGUAUGUAGUGGUUGUGAGUGUUACCUCCUCAUCUAAAGAGAACAUAGUAAUGGUUACAACAUGUGAAGAUUUAUUGCCAUAUGUAUUGAAUCAGAAUAUCUUAUUAACAUAAAAGUGCUUGUGAAGUAAAUCUUUCUUGUGCAUUUUCAACACUUGUAAAUGGGCAAUCAGAAAAUGUUUACUAUGAAGAGCCCUUUUUGAUAUGUUUAUUAAUAAUGAUUCUUAAUGGGGCUUGUCAUAAGUUUGAUAUGCAUAGCAUCUUAGAAAAAUAUUGUGUAGCCUGCAAACCCUUUUAAAAAAAUAAUGCCUACUUGAUUUAUAUCUAUAAAAGAUGUCAGGUAAUUCUAUUUGGAAAACUAAUGCACUAACUUUAAGGAAAUUGCAAAUUCAGGUGGAGAGUCUUACAAAAGACAGUGCUUUAUGUCAUACCUAUAGCUUUGGUCCCAUCUUUAAUUGAGAAGCAUUUAUCUGUAUAAAACAUAUUUUUGGAUAAAAAUAUAUAUAUAUUUGUAUCUCUACAGAAAGGCUCUAAAAAGCAUUUGAGUAAAAUAUUUGGUUCCCUUUUCUAUAGUUAUCCUUUAAAACCCUCAUAGAUAUAUCUGGUUUGUUUGUUGUCUUUCCAUUAGUGCUCCCUUGAGUGUCUACAUUGUGUUCCCCACUUCCCACUUCCGUCACCAGCUAAUGAAUGUCUGUGCCACUUUCCAUGUCAGAGUUGCAGACCUGCAAGGUCUAUGGUUUAAGUUGCCAUGCUGCUAGAAAGUUGUGCUUUCUCUUUCCAGCUGUUUACUUACUCCCUGGGAAAAGUAGUAGCUCUCUGUAGCAUUAUGGACUUUCAGUGGAACCAAAUUUUUGCCAUUAAAAACUGGCAUUAUAUUGAACUAUACAUUGAGAAAUCAAUCAGAAAUAAAAAUUUUUACUUUCA